AUGCGAUAUCGCCCGAUUCAGCAGGCUGACGACGAGGACGACUGGCCUGGCGAGAACACCCCACUGAUGGGAGAAGUUGUGAUCGACGACGACGUGCAUUUAUUGCCCAACCAUAACACCAGCUCUGCCCAUCGGAGUCUCGUCAACCAGGUGCAAAAAAUGUUCAGGUGAGAGUUCACUUCUUUGGUUUGAUUUUAGGCUCAAGUUUUACGAGGUUGAGGUCGGUUUUUGCCGGGUUUGAGGCCUUAGAUUAUAAUAGAUAAGGCUAAAUGUCAAGGACCAUUUAAAUCGAUCAAUUUGUUGCUGAUCAGGUUAUUAAUGUUCGUAUCACCUGGUCAGCGCCAUUGCGAAUCUGUUGAGUAUAAUUUCCCCUUUAGAAACCUUUUUCAAAAUUCUUUAUGAGCAAUUUUCUAUAGCCAUCAAGUAUAAUACGGAAAUGCCGCCAAAUGACCUUGAAAAGUAGAUAAAAGCCGGGAGAAAGCAGUAGAAAGGUGAAACAGCUAAUUUAGCUUAAGAGGGCAUGUAAAUUAUUAAGUGAAAUUUUAUAAAUUCGCGGAAAAACAAGCGGGCAUCCUUUCCAAAACCUACUCUGACUUGUUCCUUUUACAAAAGCUGGGCGAUUUCGCGUGGCUUCACCCUCUAAUCCGAUUAUGGUACCUUCAGCAUAAAAGUUAUAAAAUUCUCGACAUUUUCGAAUCGAAAAUGGGGAAAAACAAGGUCUACAUUGUUAAUAAAACAACAUCGGAUUUCCGGAUGUAAGACAUAGAUUUUUUUUGUAUUUCGGGAUUUCCUAGAUGUCCUAAGGAUUAAGUUUUUAAACGGAUUUCAAAUCGCUGGAGAAACUUUUCUUUUCUACUAUAAUAUAGCGAAGAGAGGUGCUAGAAGAUGGAGAAACUGAAUGACUAAUGUCCGGAGUGUUUACAAAAGGUCGCUUGGAUAUUUAAACACCAUAGGAGAGGAAAUUUUUUGAAGGCUCCAAUAUUUUUUCGCUAAUUUUACCUUAUUUUAGGUGCUGUCUGAGCAUGUUCCAACGUCGGCGACCACUUCAUUCCCGAACAUUAAGGAUUGGUCAUGGUCCCGUGAACUCGCAUGGGCAUAGUUUUCCGCGAAAUGUUGUUUGCAAUCAGAAAUACAAUGUCUUUACGUUCGUUCCGUUGGUGCUCUUUCAACAGUUCAAAUUCUUCUUGAACUUGUAUUUUUUGCUAAUGGCUUGUUCGCAGUUUAUCCCGGCAAUUCAAAUUGGCGCUCCGAUCACUUAUUGGGGACCGUUGGUAAGUUUUUUUUCGUUGUUUGUUCGGUUUUUAGAGAAGAUGUUAUUUAUGAUGACCUAAAGUAAUAUCAGUCGAUUUGAAGUCCAAAAAAGGCAAUAUUGUUCUGGGUUUUAAUGUCAGAAGAUAUAAUAAGACUUUAUGAUGUCGUAUUUUAGGGAUUCGUAUUGACAAUAACACUGAUUCGUGAAGCUUUUGAUGAUUUCGUCCGGUUCCUUCGAGAUCGAGAGCUCAACUCGGAAAAGUAUGAAAAACUGACUAAAGAUGGACGAAUCGAAGUGGAAAGCGCGUAUGUUUCACUUUUCUUUUUUCGUUGAAUUUUUUAAUGCAUCCUAAAUUUAUUUUCAUUUGCUUUAUUUUAGUGACAUCGAGGUCGGAGACUUGAUUGUAAUCGAGAAAGAUCGUCGAAUCCCAGCCGAUGUGGUCUUGGUACGAACGACAGAGAAGAGUGGCGCUUGCUUCAUCCGAACUGACCAGCUUGAUGGGGAGACGGACUGGAAAUUGAGGAUUGCAAUGCCGUGCACUCAAAAUUUGAAUGACGAAAUGGUAAGAUUUUAAAUUUUUUUUUGUUUCACCUUUAGGACCUUACGUCAGCGAUGAAAAUGGAGUCUAAGCAAUGUUUAUUGUAGGAUAUACUCCAACAAAACUGUGUUGUGUACGCGGAAUUGCCUCAAAAAGACAUCCACACCUUCUUGGGCAACUACAAGAUCUACUUUGAAGACUGCUCUCAGGACGGAAGUUUGAGUGUGGAGAAUGUCCUCUGGGCCAAUACGGUCCUAGCUAGCGGCACUGCAAUUGGACUGGUCGUCUACACCGGCCAUGAAACGAGGUCUGUCAUGAACAACACCUUGCCCGAGAGCAAGGUCGGAUUGUUGGAUAUUGAAGUCAAUAACCUCACAAAGAUCCUGUUCACCUUUGUGAUCCUCUUGGCUGCCUCCAUGGUCGUGAUGAAGGGAGUAGACGCGAAUUGGUACCGAUAUCUGAUGAGAUUUGUCUUGUUGUUCUCUUAUAUCAUCCCCAUCUCGUUGCGAGUCAAUUUGGACAUGGCGAAAUUGUUUUAUUCCUGGCAAAUUGGAAGAGAUAAGAGAAUACCGGACACGGUUGUCAGGUCCAGCACCAUCCCAGAGGAAUUGGGAAGGAUUUCGUACCUACUUUCGGACAAGACCGGCACAUUAACCAUGAACCAAAUGAGAUUCAAAAAAAUCCAUCUGGGCACGGUCAGUUUCGGCUGCGAUGCCUUCAGCGAUGUCAGCACUCAUAUUGCGUCGGCAUACGCCGGGAAAUUGGCGAAGAACUCGUUUUCGGUGAAGUUGCAGACAGCCAUCGAAGCGAUCGCACUGUGUCACAAUGUCACCCCGAUCAUUGAAAAUGGCCAAUUAUCGUAUCAGGCCGCCAGUCCGGACGAGGUAGGAUUUUAGGAGGAGAUUUGGAGAACUUGGAUAGGAUUUGGAGGUUUAAUUAUAUUGUUUUAGGUUGCCCUGGUACAGUGGACGGAACAAGUGGGCGUUAAACUGGCGAAUCGUGAUCUGACCUCAAUGCAACUCUUACUGGACAAUGGGAAUACUAAGAGCUUCCAGAUCCUGCAUUUGUUCCCAUUCACAUCGGAAACCAAGAGAAUGGGAAUCAUUAUUAAGGUAAGGAGAUUAUCAUGUAUAAGGUCAAAAUUUGGAAGGUGGGAAUGGUGUUUUUGGGGUUGGAAUAUGUGGUGGGCAUGACAGAGUGUGUUGCAAAAUAUUUUUUGAAAAAUAUGUCAUGAUGACGGAUUUUUUGGAAAUUUUAUUUUUGGGUAAAAGAUGGGUAAUAUAAUUUAUAAGAGUUAUGAGAAGUUUUUGUAACUUUGUAUAUGAGUACUGUAGAGCAUAAGGAACAAGUUUGUAAUUGACUUUAAUUCUGUAGGACUACUGUAACAUGAUGAAUUUUUGGUUUUUGGAAAUUUUCAUAAUUUUUGAGAAAAAAAUUAAUUUUUAUAACGAAACUUGUAUUUCAGGACGAAACCACCGAUGAAAUCUCGUUUAUCAUGAAGGGAGCUGACACUGUUAUGUCUCAAAUGGUCAUGUACAACGACUGGCUGGACGAGGAAUGCUCAAAUAUGGCCAGAGAAGGUCUCAGAACUUUGGUGGUGGCCAAGAAGAUUUUGAGUCAAGAACAGCUAAAUGAAUUCGAAAAACAGUACCAUCAAGCCAAAUUGACCAUCAAAGAUCGGGCGGAAAACAUGGCCGCCGUCGUUCAGAAAUUGGAAACUGAUCUGCAUUUGUUGUGUCUGACUGGAGUCGAGGAUCGAUUACAGGUAAAAUUUGGUAUUAUUUUUGAAGGUUUGGGUCGAUAAAGUUGUGUGGAAUGAUAUGUUGGUGUUAGGUAAAGAUUGUUCUGGGUAAGAGUUGAUUUUUUGGGGGCUAUGGCAAGGGGUGACUAAAAGAUUUUUUGUGUUUUUUGAUGAGAUUUAUAUUUUUUAAGUACGGCUGUGGGUUGUAAAGAACGUUAGUGGAGAAGAGUGGUGAUUUCUGAAUGUGAGGACAAUGUUUUUCCUUUUUUGGGUCAUGUUUUCCCUUCGAAUGAAAAUUUGUCCGUGAAAGUCUAAAUUUUAUGGUUAAUUACUCACGUAGGAUCUGAAGAGUCUUAAAAGCACAUAAAAAACUUUUUAAAACGAAAAUUGGGAUUGAAUUCUGCAAAAAUUUCAGUUUUGGGUCAAGUUUUUCCCUUGGAAAUAGACUUUUCAAUUUGAUGCUGUAGGGCACUGAGAAGUUGAAAUAUAUAUCUUUUUCGGAUUUUUUAUUACUGAUUAGGUCUUUUAAAACAACUUUUGUUCAAAGUUUGAUCUAAAAUAUUUUUUGAAUACCUAAAAAGUUUCAAUUUUCAGGAUGAAGUAACGACCUCGUUGGAACUCCUAAGAAACGCCGGAAUCAAAGUCUGGAUGUUAACCGGAGACAAGUUGGAGACCGCGAUUUGUAUCGCGAAAUCCUCCGGACUCUUUUCCAAGUCCGAUAACAUCCAUGUUUUUGGCAAUGUGAAUGAUCGAAUCAAAGCCCACAACGAACUGAACGCCCUGAGAAAGAAGAACGAUGUCGCCUUGGUCAUGUCCGGCUCCGCAUUGAAUGUUUGCCUGCAGUACUACGAAGCCGAAGUCGCGGAAUUGGUCUGCAAUUGCUCGGCCGUCGUUUGUUGCCGUUGCUCGCCAGAACAGAAGGCGCAGAUUGUAAAUCUCCUGAAAAGGUACAGAAAACCGUUGAGGGUGGCGGCAAUCGGCGAUGGAGGCAACGACGUCUCGAUGAUUCAAGCUGCUCAUGCUGGAAUUGGAAUUGACGCACAUGAAGGUAGGUGGAGGUGAAAUAGGGUGGAAAAAGGUUGGAUAUUGGUGUUUGUUUGGGGAGAUUGAGGGCUAGAAAGUAAGAUUGGGAUUGCUGGAGGGAGAAAAAAUGAAUUGGAGGAAAGAAAAUUUGAUAAAAUUUGAAUUUUUGAACUUUUUUGAUAGCUGAAGGUAGGUGAAGAUAAAAUAUAGUGGAAAAGAUGGAUAUUGGUGUUUGUUUGGGGGAACUUAGGGCUAGAAAGUAAGAUUGGGACAAAUAGGGAGAGGCAGUGAAUUGGAGGAAAAAAAAUUUGAUAAAUUUUGAAUUUUUGAACUUUUUUGAUAUCUGAAGGUAGGUGAAGAUAAAAAUUUGUGGAAAAAAGAUUGAAAUGGGGAAUUGAAGGUAGAAUGAGGAGCAGAAUAGAAUGUUAGGGCUUACCGGAAUAAACUUAGGGACUGUUUAUUCGUGGUGUGAAAAAAUUUUUGAUUUGAAUUCUCGCCAAAUCCUGCUUUCGUUAUAAAGAUUGGUAAAGUUAUGAAAUUGAUAAGUCUGUUCAAGUUAGGAUUUGUAAGCCUAGUAAGACAUGUUUAAGCCCAUGGCCAAUUUUCUGGCCAUAUGACAUUUCCCAUGGCCAAUUUUUGCUCUUGGAAUGUAAAAAAAAUUUUUGUUUUCUUCUGUUUCCAAACUUGUUAAUCAUCUCAAUUGGAGUUCGUGCUUACUGCAACUGACCGUUUUUUUCCAGGAAAGCAAGCCUCCCUGGCCGCUGAUUUCUCCAUCACCCAGUUCAGCCACAUUUGCCGCUUACUGUUGGUUCAUGGACGAUUCUGCUACAAGAGAUCUUGCGCCUUAUCCCAAUUCGUCAUGCACAGAGGUCUGAUCAUCUCCACCAUGCAAGCCAUCUUCUCGUGUGUCUUUUAUUUCGCUUCGGUUUCGCUUUAUCAAGGAGUUUUGAUGGUCGCGUAAGUGUUUUGGUGAUUUUUGAGUGGAUUUAUGAUAAUUUGUAGUAGAUAUAGGGCUGAUAGGAAGAUAUGUAGCUAGAUUUUUAAUUUUGAAGAGUUCUGUAUUGGGAAAAUUUGAAUUUUCGCAAUUUUUGGCAUAAUGUUGCAGGUGUCGGAAAUUUUCGGGGUAAGGUCGCGAAGACUAAGGAAAUGAUGUAGUAAGUUUUCUAAAUCAAAAAUUUGAAAUUUGAAGCCAUAUGAAAGGGUUUUGAAGCCGCUUUUUAUAUUAUCCAUGGCAUUUUUUGAUGACUUUUGAAAAAAAGUUGAUAAAAGUUUAUACAAUUUGAUUUCAGAUAUUCCACAGCCUACACUAUGCUCCCAGUCUUCUCCCUGGUCGUGGAUCGCGAUGUCACCGCGGAAAAUGCACUAACAUAUCCGGAAUUAUAUAAGGAACUUGGCAAAGGAAGGUCCCUUUCGUAUAAAACCUUUUGCAUCUGGGUGCUAAUCAGCAUAUAUCAAGGUGGGAAUUGAGCUUCGUUUAGGAUGAACCAUCUUUUUAGGGUCUAUCAUCAUGUACGGAGCACUGGUGGCCUUCGAUUCGGACUUUAUCCAUGUGGUCUCGAUUUCGUUCUCGGCCCUGAUCGUCACCGAACUCAUCAUGGUCGCCAUGACGGUUCACACUUGGCACUGGGCCAUGCUGGUCGCACAGGCACUCUCCCUGGCCCUGUAUGGAGCGUCGUUGUUGAUUUUGGACAAGUUUUUCGACCGCCAGUUCGUCCUCUCCUGGGUGUUCAUAACCAAAACAACAGCUAUCACACUCAUCUCAUGUGCACCGCUAUACGUCAUCAAAUUCUUGAGGAGGAAAUUCUCACCUCCAUCAUACGCCAAAGUCAACUGA